AUGAAUGAUUUAGCGGAGAAUAUGGGCUUUGACGCUGCAUACGAACCGGCACCUGUUGAUGAAAUCAUCGAACAAACGUCGACUGUUUUCAACGGAACAAUCAAUAGCACUCUACAGUCAUCAGUUGAUCAAGAGUUCGCUAGGAACAAUGACGCUCUACGACUUUUACUCAUUACGAUUGCUAUCAUCAUUGUACUUGUUUGUAUAACAAUAUCGACGAUUUUAUUUAUUUUCAUUUGUCUCAAUCGACGCCGAAAUUCUAAACGUCGUGAAAAACAAGAUCGUCCUCUUAUAUCUGAAUCAACUGACAAAACUUCGCGAACAAAUUCUUCCGGAAAGAAAAAGCCUAAACCGGGUAAAACAUCUGGGAAAACGACUGUGCCGUUAAGUUCAAGUACCACAAACGAAAAGAUUCCAGUUGGCCAAUUUUACUAUGAUAAUCUUGACGAUAUUCCGUACAUUGAUGAAUCACGACCGACUAGUUACAUUGAUAUAACACGAGUUUAA